AGUGGAAACCCCAAAGGACUAAAUGGACCGCUGAAAGGAGGGAUAAUUCUAGACAGCCUGUCGUCACGUUUAAAUUUCACGUACGAAAUGGUGCGAGUGACAGAUUUCAGACUGGAGCCAUCAGAUAAAGGACGAGGACUUUUUAACUAUUUGUGGGAUCAACAAUGCGAUGUGCUGGCACAAGAUGUGUUGCCGACCUUCCAGCGCAAUAGAAUCGUCGACCUGACAACCUAUUGGUAUUACGGGGAUUUAGUUUUCCUUAUUCCCGUACCUGAUGAAACGGCCAACAUAAACUCAGUUAUCAAACCAUUUCAGUGGAAGGUCUGGCUAGCCAUCGGGGUAUCGAUCGUUUGCGUCAUCGCAGUUUUAAAUUUAAUUCAGCGCUUGGAAUAUCGAUCCGCAUUCAUUACGGAUUUAAGACCAAACAAUAAACCACUGCCCGGAAAGUUAACGAACGAUGAUCAAAUUCGUGCCAAAAAAUGGCAAACCGGAAAACAGUACCUCUACGUUUUUGGCAAUUUGCUUUCACAAGGUGGCGUUUGCCCAUCAAAAUGGCUACCCUUUCGACUAGUCGCUGGCGUAUGGACCCUGGCCGCUUUCUUCUUCGUCCAGUCCUACACCUCAACUCUGUUCACUUACGUUGUGACGCCAAUCAAUCCACCGCUAAUUAACUCUGUCGAUGACAUUGUUGACAGUGGCGACAUCAAUUUACUCGUCCGAGAAACAGGAUUUUUAAAUACGUUACUUUUGGCCACCAAUCACACGGGACUAUUCGCGGCAUUACAAAAGAAACUCGAUUCUUUCCCUAAAUCUCGAUGUGUAUCUCCGUCUGAAUGCACCAAAUUGAUGACACCAGGUUCAAGAAAUGUUUUCGUUGAUGCAAAGGCUUUUGUAAUGGAUGAAAUCAGAAAAGAUUUCAAAAAGAAGGGCCAAUGCAAUUUCCAAUUAGCAAAAGAAAGUUUCAUCAGUACCAUGGCGUCGUUUGCCCUGGCAAAAAACAGUCCCUACACCCAAAAAAUUUCCCAGGGAAUAUUGGAACUGCUACAGAUUGGCCUCAUCGACCACUGGGACACGUGGUUCCGCCCCAUGCCUCCGCAGUGUAAUGGAAAACCACAAAGUGGUGGAAGCAAGAAAAAGAAACUUUCGCCACUUUCCCUGAAAAAUUUAACUAGCGCAUUUAUAGUUUUAUUUGUUGGACUAAUCUUUUCUUUUUUGACUUUUCUCGGAGAAAACAUUAUUUCUAUCCGUUAAUGACAUCACAAAGGUACGCGCAAAACAUCAAGGUUGGAGCAUGAGCCAAAUGACUUAAUUAAUCCGAAAUUGCCCAGCAAGUUGAACCCUUAUUCAUCCUUAAAAUUAGCUUAGAUUGAAUAAUUAUACUAAUCUUAGGUACUAGAACCUUUUUGACAUCUUCUUUUUCGCAUUUAUUCUCGCUCAUCCGCAUUCCGCCCUUUAAAUUUAUCUACGACUUAUAAUAUCUAGUGUCUGAACUGAAUUGCCAACUUCUGGCGGAAAACUUUUGCUCAUCAGCUAAAUAGUUUGUAAAAAUGGUGGAAUAAAAUUUUCUUAAUCGAAUUUUAUUCGUUUGCAUAUUUCUUUUUAACCCUUUUCCUUGUGUACUAUAUAAUUUAAACAAGAACCGCGGUGGACUCUUUUUUUAAAAAGGUAAACUCCUUUUAACUUAAUUACUUUUAAAAGACUACUCAACAGAUGGAUGGACGACGAAACAUAAGUUUGAAAAAUACAUCAACAACUGACAAACAAAAAACAAAACACUGCCAUCAUGGCGGCGGUGAUGACGAUAGUUGUUGCAUGUCAGUGUCAGCCAUUGCUGUAGUCACUAGUCAAGGUGUUUGAAAGUCGUUAUGUGUUACAUUGUUUCAUUUCAUUUGUUUGUUAGAAUUUGUUAAAUAACAGAUUAGGUCAAUAACACGUGGAAUGUUACGGUGUUAUUUCUUUAUAUUUUCAAGCAGGUUGCUGUUGAAAUUGUAGGCAUUGAAAAAGUUGCUUGAAAUAGUAAAAUAUCCCUGAUGAUCAGCCACAGUGUUCGUUCACAAUUGAGAUAAUGCUUUCACUAAACAACUGAAGGUUUUAACGUCAGAGGUUAUUUCCCGUGCUGGGGGUCGACCGUUCGUUUCGAAAACACAAGUGGAUUAGUAGGGCGCUGGUUUAUUUUCUGGUUGAGAUGAACAUAAUGAAACUUUGCCGAGGGGAAAGAAAAAUGCCCACGAGAGAAUCCAGUGAGACCAGACAUCCGAUGGCUGGCCAGCAUGAUUCAACGGAAACAUGUUUACUGGCGGACAUAACGCUGGUGGACAACAACUUUUCCUUUAUUAAGAAAAUGCCACUUCGUUCAAUACUGCUUGUUGAAAUCGUUGAUAGGUUUUUUAUAAAGUCAAAAAUAGACUUUUGUGUUUUGGCAUUCAACGUCUCUACCAAGUUUCCCCUUUUAAGGAUGGCUCACCAUUUCUAUUCACGGUUCCUCAUCAUCAACGCCCAACCCGCUCAACGGCCAACACCUCCGCGUCAUCUGGACACUUUGGAAGGGAAACCCUAAAGGGCUAAUUGGACCGCUCAAAGGAGGAGCAAUGAUUGAAAGCCUUUCGGCACGUUUAAAUUUCACUUACGAGAUGGUUCGAGUGACAGAUUUCAGACUGGAGUCAUCAGAAAAAGGACCAGGACUUUUAAACUAUUUGUGGGAUCAACAAUGCGAUUUGUUGGUCCAUGAUGUAAUUCCAACACCUGAGCGCAAUAAAGUCGUCGAUCUGACGACUUAUUGGAUCUACGAUCGUUUAGCUUUUCUCAUCCCCGUACCAGAUGAAACGGCCAACAUAGACUCGGUCAUCAAACCUUUCCAAUGGCCGGUAUGGCUAGGACUGGGGAUAUCCAUCGUUUGCGUCAUCGCAAUUUUAAAUUUAAUUCGACGCUACUUGGAAUGUCGAUCGACAUUUCGUACCGGUUUUAGACCCAACAAUGAACCACAGACGGGAAACUUAAAAACUUGAGGCCAACACCGUGCCAAGAAAAGGCAAACCGGAAAUGAAUAUCUCUACGUUUUGGGAAAUUUGCUGUCACAAGGCGUCGUUUGCCCAUCAAAACAAUUACCCUACCGACUAGUCGCUAGCGUUUGGAUCCUGGCCGCCUUCAUCUUUGUCCAGUCCUACACGUCCACUCUGUUCACUUAUGUUGUGACGCCAAUCAGUCAUCCGCUAGUCAACUCAAUCUACGACGUUAUUGGUAGUAGCGACAUCAAUUUAAUAGUCAGAGAAACGGGACUUAUAAAUACCUUACUUUUGACCACCAAUCACAGUACGGGCAUAUUCGCGACAUUACAAAAGAAAGUCGAUUCCUUCCCAAAUUCUCGAUGCGUAUCGGUGUCUGACUGCAUUCGAUCUAUCAAACCGGAAUUGAGAAAUGUGUUUAUUGAUGCAAAUGUUUACCUUAAGGAUGCGAUCAGAAAUGAUUUUAAAAAGACGGGCAAAUGCAACUUUCAAAUGGCAAAAGAAGGAUUCAUUGGCACCACGAUAUCGCUUGCCCUACCGAAAAACAGUCCCUACACUCAAAGAAUUUCCCAAGGAAUUUUGGAAGUGCAGCAAAUUGGCGUCGUUGACUUCUGGGACACGUGGAUCCGCCCCAUGCCUCCUCAAUGUAAUGGAAAACCCAAAAGUGGAAAUAAGAAAAAGAAAACAACUCCUCUCUCCCUGAAGAAUUUGACCGGUGCCUUUCUAGUUUUGUCGGUUGGAUUGAGCCUUUCCUUUUUGGCUUUUCUCGUGGAAAAAGUCAUUUCAAUACGUGAGCGACAUCUUAGCCACACAAAUAAUAAGUUGCAACAAGAAUCAAAUAACGUAAUUGUAAUGGUGUCAUUUAAGAUUACAGCAGAAGGGGAAGAACCAGUGGACAUCUCUGAAUAGGUUGUUGCUUAGAUUGACCGACAACUAAUGUUAAAUGUUGUAAUUUUAGUAUUUUCCUCAUUGUCUUGAGUUUCACCCACUUCUUUUCCGAAGAGGGUCGUUAUUUAGUCUGUACCUUUAUACCGUACAAUUUUAAAAUCGCACAUCCGCAUUCCGCCUCUUAUAUUUCUCAAUGUAUAGUCAAGUUGUGUUUUUGGAGUUGAAAUAUGGAAACUUGGAAAUGCCCAAAAGCCAA